AUGCAGAGUCCCUCUAUGUAUUUAACAGACAUCGAUGCGUACGGUUGUGUUUUGGUUUACAGAAGCGGUAGACAUGGUUUCACGCAAUACAUAAUGGGCCAAUUGGUACAGAUAGCGAAAGAUUUUUUUAAACUAUCGCUCAAUGUUAAAGUAUUAGAAAAGGCUUCGUCAGCUAGCGGACCCAAAAAUUACGUAAUCGUUACUUUUCGACUCAAUUACGACAAUAGACCCUAUAUGCUUCACAAGAGCCGCAAAGAAUCCUUUCACAGAAGUGGAAUCUUGACUCCUUUUUCCAGCGAACUUCUUUUGGACCUAUUUCCAUUUUGCCUCAUUAUCGACGAAAACAUGAAUAUCAUCGCUUGCGGAAAAAGGUUUUUGGAAAUAUGGAAGGGAAAGGAAAAUUUUUUCGACAAGCCCAUCGCGAAUUAUUUUCGAUUGCGGAGACCAAAGGGAAUUUCGUUCACCUGGAAAAACACUUUGAAUCUCCAAUCAGUCAUGUUUGAAAUGGAGUGUAACAGAGGAAUAGAAAAUUUUAAUGAAAUCACCGAAGAAACGAACGCUAUCGCUGAAAAGGAAGAUGCCAGGGCUUCAUCGCCCCAAGAAUUAAAAAAUAUUCUACUGAAAGGUCAAAUGAAGUAUGUCAAAGACAUCGAAGCAAUUAUUUUCUUAUGCAGCCCAGUCAUAAAUGAUUUGGAAGAUUUAACAGAUCAAGCUUUAUUUUUAAACGAUUUAAAUCCACAUGGAUUAAGCAAAGAACUAGUUUUGGCCGGAUGGCAACAUAAUUCAAAGCUUGAAGUAAUGUUUGACUCAGCCGAACAAAGAUCUGAUGAAUUGGAUAAAAAUUAUCAACUAUUAGAGUCGUGGAAAUCCCGAGGCGAUGAUCUGUUGUAUUCGAUGAUCCCUAAAACUGUGGCAGACAGAUUGAGAUCUACCAAAUUCUCAGUCCUAACUACUUGCGAAGCGUUCGAUUCGGUUAGUAUUUUGUUUUGCGAAUUAGUUGGUCUAACAUCGAAAACAGUCAAAGAAACAAUGGUAGUAGUUUCAACAAUGAACAAGGUAUUUUCUUGUUUUGAUGAACUGAUGGACACCUACCAUGUUUAUAAGGUAGAAACUGUCGGCCAGGUUUACAUGGUGGCUAGUGGAGCUCCUGAAAGAACGCCUUUGCAUGCCCAAAAUAUUGCCGAUUUGGCCGUCGCUAUGUUGGAUGAAAUAGCAAAAUUGAAUGUGAAAUCCACUAUAGUCGAAGUAAAAAUAGGUAUUCACUCUGGGCCCGCUGUGGCUGGUGUUGUGGGAAUCAAAGUACCCAGAUAUUGUUUCUUUGGUGAUACUGUUAAUACUGCUUCGAGAAUGCAGUCCACCAGCCAGGUGAGUUUGAGCUGCUAG